AUGGAUGGUUCUGGCUCUGUUUCUGGUUAUGGUUCUUGUUCUGGUUCUGCACCAAAAGAUAAUGCUUCUAUGCUUUCAAGUCCUUUUUCUUCUCCAAAUGUCAGUGCCCUGCUCAAGAUCAAGAUCAUUUCAUGUCAAUCAUACCCUUUCAUAUUUCGCUUUCUUUUUGGUUAUAUCUGGUGCAGGAGUCAAGAAACAGGCUUGCCGGCCUCGGUUUGUGUCCAUGUUGCUGAUAGAGUUUUCAAUCUUCACAAGUAUCCUUUGUUUUCGAAAAGUGGGUUCUUUAUGAGAAAACUAAGUGAAUCGAAUGAAAUUGAGCUACCACAAGAUUUCCCCGGAGGACCCGAGACUUUUGAGAUGAUCUCGCUCUUUAUCUAUGGCUCUUCCACCUUAGUCGACCCUUUCAACGUUGCAGCUCUGAGAUGCGCAGCCGAAUUUCUGGAAAUGACAGAAGAAUAUGGCUCGGGAAACCUCUGUGAGCGUUUCGACAUAUACUUGAACCAAGUUGUGUUACAGAGCUGGGAGGACACACUCAUCGUCCUCCAGCAAAGCCGGUCGCUGGUCCCGUGGGCUGAAGAGCUCUUAAUCGUGAGCCGCUGCAUUGAAUCUCUAGCCUUCAUGGCUUGUAUGGAGAUUCUUGAUCCAGAAAGAAGAAGAGACCAGCCUGUUAUAACUCUAGAAACUCUAAGCACUCACAGAUGGAGCUCUGAAAUGGUUCAAGAAAUCGUGAGCCAAGAUGUGUGGAUCAGAGACCUAAUAGCUCUCCCAUUUGGGUUCUUCAAACGGGUAAUCGGGUCUUUAAGAAGACAAGGUAUGAAAGAAAAGUUUGUUAGCCCGGUUGUGUUGUUCUACGCGAAUUGGGUCCUUUCUGAUAGAAAUGGCAGCCAGAAAGAUUUAGCUGUGUUACUAACAGGUGUUCUUGAUUUACUUCAAAUGGGAGAAAAGGGUAGUAGAGUCAUUCCAGUUGGAUUCUACUUCAUUUUGCUCUCUAGAUCACUAAAACUCAGUUUAGAUAGAGAAUGUACUCUAAAGUUGCAAAACCAGAUUUCAGGAGUGUUGCAUAUGGCUCAGGUUGAAGAUUUUCUUCUCCCAGAAAGUGGGAUAGAUGACAUUCCUAGUAACAUUAAGGUUACCACAAUGGAAACCAUCUUUUCGACCUAUGUUUUGUUUAAUAUGUCUGCAAACAACGGCAGUCCUUCGCCUUAUCAUUCAGCUGUUGCAGAAUUAUGGGACUCGUAUCUCACCCAUAUAGCCACUGAUCCAGAAAUGGGAUUAAAAAGAUUCAUGGAACUCAUUGAAAUCGUGCCAACGCCAAGUAGGCAAAACCAUGAUCAUCUUUAUAGAGCAUUGAACGUUUUUCUACAGAUGCACCCAGAAUUGUCACAAGACGAAAAGAGUACAGUAUGCAAAUACCUAAACUGUCAGAAACUAUCGCACGAGGUCUGUGUAGAAGCAGUCCAAAACGAACUGAUGCCACUAAGGUUAAUAGUUCAGGCACUUUUCGUUCAACAGCUAAGCACACACAAAGCAUUGAAAGAAUGUUCAGAUUCUUUCAGAUAUGCACAGUGCGGAGACUUUUCAGGGAGUCUUCCAAGCUCCAGAUAUGCAAAUUCUAGAAGCCAGAAUCUGGUGGACAGUCCAUGUGUUGAUCUAGAAGACACAAGAAACAGGCCACUCAGUUUCUUGCUACAGACAGAUUUAGUAUCCCAGAAACCCGAGUUGUCCAGUAAAGAUUACGAGUCUACAAGCUUCAGAAUUCAAACACUCGAACAACAACUGAUGACCCUGAAAAGAAGUCUUCAAUUACAAAACACAUCCAAGAAAAGAGAGCAAGUUUCCAAGAAAGUAGAGCCAGUGAGACCAUAUGGGCUAGAGGGAAGAACGAUGAGCAAGAAAAGAACCCCUCUUGGACAAGUGACUAGCUGCAUAGGAACUGUGAAUUUUGCUUCACAAAGGAAGUAUGCUAGUAGAUUACUGAAGGUGUUUAGGAGAUUUAGUUUGUUUGGUAGAACAAAACCGAAGAGAAAACCAAGUGUAACUGGCCUACACCCAAAAUCACUGUAAAAUGUUUUACAAUAAGCUUUUUAGCAAUCU